GCGCCUCAUCUGAUCUUGCCAGGAGCGAUUGAGAUUUCCGCUACCGAUACUUUAAUAGUGCCCCCACAAACCCCCACCCUGUGGAAGAAAAUAAAAACAAAUACGAUACGGGAUUGGUACCGGCAUCUACUGUACAUGGAAACUCUCGGCGCUCAACCAUAUAACUCCUCUCCACUGAAAGGGAAGCUUGUCUUCGUUCCUCGUCCCCCUCCUUUCCUAUCCCACACCAACCUCAGCGAGUUGUUGUCUAUUCCCUCUCUACACUCCCCGCUGCGUAGCCGUGUAUCCUUCGCAUACUGACAGCAAGCAUGCCGAAGCGUUGGUCACUGGGAGUUCUAGAGGGCCCUGAUACAGAGGAGGUUCCAGGUACCGUUCUUUUACUCUCCCCCACUAGACAGGAACCACUUGGCUUUGAAACGAUUAAGAGCGAAGGAAAGAGGACACCUGAUGGAAAAAUCAUCCUGAACCCGCAACCAGAUGAUCAUCCAGAUGACCCUCUAAACUGGGCCACAUGGAGACGAGAUUUUGCCCUUCUAUCUUUGGGUUGGCAUUGUUUAGUCGGUGGUGGACAAGCCCCUGCCCUUGCUGCUGGAUUCAAUGACGUUGCCAAAACCUUUGGGGUUACAAAAUCAGAGGUUGCAUUGACAACUGGCCUCUACAUGAUGGGGAUGGGCAUCGGUUGUUUGGUCUCUUCGCCAACGGCUAUCAUCUUCGGGAAACGGCCUGUCUAUCUUUUCGGAGUAGUGCUGUUUUUGGCCGCCUCGAUAUGGUGCGCUGCGUCCCAAUCUUAUGGGUCGCUUAUGGCAGGCCGUAUAGUCAUGGGCAUUGGAGUGGCUCCUUGUGAAGCACUCCCUAGCGCUACAAUUGCGGAAAUAUUCUUUCUUCAUGAGAGGGCCUACAGAGUGGGAAUAUAUACCUUGCUCUUGCUCGGAGGAAAAAACUUGGUUCCUUUGGUUAGUGCAGUCAUCAUCCAAGCCUUGAAUUGGAGAUGGGUGUUCUGGACGGUCGCGGUCAUCGUCGGGUUUAAUCUGUUCUUGCUGUUCGUCUUCCUGCCGGAAACGUUUUGGGACAGAACUCCGAGACCAAGCACCCAACCAUCCGAAAAGUCGUCGCGUACAUCCUUAGGCGAGUAUGUACGUAAUGCAAGGGUCUCGUAUCUCAAGGACAGAGUAGUCAAUGAUCUGACAGAGCCGUCUCAGCCCGCUAUGCCGAAGCCUUUCAUCCAAAGUUUAAGGGUUUACAGUGGCGUCCUUCGACACGAAUCCUGGGUCAAAGCUGCGGUUAGGCCAAUAAUUCUGUUCUCUUACCCAGCAAUUCUCUGGUCUACUGUGGUUUAUUCCUUCUCUGUUGGCUGGCUUAUCGUGCUCUCUGAAACGGUGGCGCAUAUCUAUCAAGAACAAUCUUAUGACUUUUCCCGCCUUGCAACUGGAUUGGUUUACAUAUCCCCCUUCAUUGGCGGAAUAAUUGGUACUGCCGUAGCCGGAAAGGCAUCCGAUAUUAUUGUGAGAGCGAUGAGCAGAAGGAAUGGUGGAGUUUACGAGCCCGAGUUUAGAUUAGUAAUGGGGAUUCCUGUCGCAAUUACAACAGCUAUUGGAUUAAUGGGUUUUGGAUGGUCUGCGGAAGAGCGCAACAAUUGGAUUGUCCCUACUGUCUUUUUCGGCUUGAUUUCGUUUGGGUGUUCUCUUGGCAGUACUACAGCCAUCACCUUUUGUAUUGAUUCUUACAGACAGUACGCCGGUGAAGCCCUAGUCACUCUUAACUUCUCCAAGAACGUAUUCCAUGGAUUGGCGUUUUCUCUAUUCGUCAAUAGGUGGCUAGAGAAAGACGGUAGCAAGACUGUUUUCAUUGCAUUAGGUGCACUACAAAUUUGUGCAUUACUAUUCACGAUUCCACUAUAUAUUUACGGAAAGCGUUUACGCCUUUGGACCCAUAGGAGAGUUUUGAUGCAGGCAUGGACCUAA